AUGGAUACGGGUCUGUCCUACGAUAGCCAGUCUGAAUCGCAUUGGAGGCUACUUGUGGAUCACGGUUUCGUGACUCCCCAGGUGCGCGAUUGGCAGUAUGAAGGCAGUGGCACAAAGAGCGAUCCUUACGUGGACAUCAUGGCAGAGUUUGAGGUCAGUCAGGAGAUUGCUACGCUCGGCCUAUCUUUAUUUGUUCUCGGCUGGGCCGUGGGGCCGCUUAUCUGGGCGCCUAUGAGCGAGCUUUACGGCCGGCAGUACGUCUACUUCGUGACACUCGGUGUUCUGGCCUUCUUCAACGCGGGCACGGCGGGAGCCCAGAACGUCGAAACAGUGCUCGUUCUCCGCUUCCUCGGCGGCUGCUUCGGCGCCUCCCCGUUCACCAACGCGGCCGGCGUCAUUGCCGACAUGUUCGCCGCACGCGAGCGUGGGUUGGCCAUGAGCCUUUUCUCGGCGGCGCCGUUCAUGGGGCCAGGUUCGUCCGUUUUCGUCGGCGUGGUUGCCAGCAGCUCUGCUAACAACACGACGGCAGUUCUCGGGCCCAUUGUCGGAGGCUUCAUCGGCGAAUCUGUGGGUUGGCGAUGGAUCGAAGGCGUUAUGGCUAUUCUCUCUGGCGUCGUGUGGGUUCUUGGAACCUUCGCUGCGCCAGAGACGUACGCCCCGGUCCUCUUAAAACGGCGCGCGGCAAAGCUAUCGCAAAUGACAGGUAUGGUUUACCUGAGCAAAGCUGAGAAAGACCGCGGGCCGACGACGUUGGGGCGAGUGCUCCAGACCAACCUUCUGCGACCGUGGGUUCUCCUCUUCAGAGAGCCGAUAGUCUUUCUCCUAAGUCUCUACAUGGCCGUCAUCUACGGGACGCUUUACAUGCUGUUCGGCGCCUAUCCCAUCGUCUAUCGCGAGCAGCGAGGGUGGAGCGCUGGAGUAGCUGGCCUUCCUUUUAUUGGCGUCGCCAUCGGGAUGCUCGCAUCGGUCGUGUACAACGUCUUUAUCGAAAACCCGCGCUACCUCCGCAACGUGGAUAAGGGAGGCGGAGUCACCAUUCCAGAAGAUCGACUACCGCCGUGCCUGGUCGGGGCCGUCGCCCUCCCCAUCGGCUUGUUCUGGUUUGCCUGGACCAACAGUCCCUCGUUGCCUUGGGCGGCAAGCACUGCUGCGGGGAUACCGUUCGGCUUUGCCAUGGUCCUCGUCUUCUUAUCGGUAAUGAAUUACUUGAUCGACUCCUACACCAUUUACGCCGCGUCGGUUCUCGCCGCGAACUCGGUCUUGCGAUGCAUCUUUGGAUUUGCGUUCCCGCUCUUCACCACGCAGAUGUAUGCCGGCCUGGGCAUUCACUGGGCUUCGACCGUCCCCGCGCUCCUCGCCGUCGUCUGCUUGCCCUUCCCGUUCCUGUUCUAUCGCUACGGUCACGUAGUUCGGAAGCGAAGCAAAUUCGCAAGGGAAGCAGCGGAAUUUGCGCGUGGGCUGAGAGAGAAAGCGACGACUUCGGACGAGUCGGAUGAAGUGACGAAAGACGAGGAGUGA